AUGGCCGAUCAAGAUCCUCAAUCUCAAAACCCGGAGUCAGCAUCUACUCCCACCAAGCAAAAGCGCUCUCCUCCCAAGCUAGGCAAGAAGUCUCCAGCCAAGCAAGAACAAACCCCGCCUGCGUCAGAGCAAGAACACGAAGAAGAGAAAGACGAGUCCAAGGAAGAAGGCACUGAGAACCAGGAAGAGCAAAAACGUGAACCUGAACCUGAACCUCACAAGCAAGAGCCCGAUUCAGACGAAGAAAACAACGACCAGAAGCAAGAAGACAAGCCUGCACCUGAACCUGAACCUGCUCCGGAACCUCAGCCAGAACGUCCUCGUCGUCGACGUCCUCGCCCUAAACAAGAAUCAGACGUUGAGUCAGUCCCGCGUAACGAUAUGGAUGCCCAACAACCGCAGCAGCGCCAGCGCACCCGUCGCUCACGCCAGCCUCAGCAACAACAGCAAGAUGGCGGUCCACUCGGCAACCUCGGUGGCGUAGGCGGUGUCGACCAAGCCGGUCAGCUAGUCCAGAACACGGCAGGCAAUGCCCUAAAUGGUGUGACAGGGUCAGCAGGCAAGGCUGUCGGCGGAGUCCUUGGCGGAGGCCAAGAAAAGAAAGAUGACGGCGGCAAGGACGAGCAGCUGCGUCUGCGACUAGAUCUCAAUCUGGAUAUUGAGAUUCAACUUAAGGCGAAGAUCCACGGUGAUUUAACCAUCGGAUUAUUGUCAGUAUUACCCUCUUAUAUUUCACCCCCUCUUUCUUCGUAUUAA